AUGGCCACCAGGCUCAGCCUCGACGACCCGCUGCUGCCCAUCACGCUGUCGGCCCAGCAGACCACGCUGCUGCUGCUGCUCUCGGUGCUGGCCGCCGUGCACGUGGGCCAGUGGCUGCUGCGGCAGCGGCGCCAGCCCCCCGGGUGCGCGCAGCAGCCCCCGGGCCCGUUCGCGUGGCCGCUGAUCGGGAACGCCGCGGCCCUGGGCCCCGCGCCGCACCUCGCCUUCCAGCGCCUGGCGCGGCGCUACGGCGACGUCUUCCAGAUCCGCCUGGGCGGCUGCCCGGUGGUGGUGCUCAACGGCGGGCGCGCCAUCCGCCAGGCGCUGGUGCAGCAGGCCACGGCCUUCGCCGACCGGCCGGCCUUCGCCUCCUUCCGCGUGGUGUCCCGCGGCCGCAGCCUGGCGUUCGGCCGGCACUCGGAGCGCUGGAAGGCGCAGCGGCGCGCGGCGCAGGGGGCCAUGCGCGCCUUCUCGCCGCUGCAGCCCCGCGGCCGGCGCGCCCUGCAGGCGCAUGUGCUGGCCGAGGCGCGCGAGCUGGUGCGGCUGCUGGUGCGCGGCAGCGCGGGCGGCGCCGCCCUGGACCCGCGGCCGCUCACGCUGGUGGCCGUGGCCAACGUGAUGAGCGCCGCGUGCUUCGGCUGCCGCUACGCCCACGGCGACGCCGAGUUCCGCGAGCUGCUCAGCCACAACGAGGACUUCGGGCGCACGGUGGGCGCGGGCAGCCUGGUGGACGUGCUGCCCUGGCUGCUGCGCUUCCCCAACCCGGUGCGCGCCACCUUCCGCGAGUUCGAGCUGCUCAACCGCAACUUCAGCGGCUUCGUGGAGGACAAGUUCCUGCGGCACCGCGACAGCUUCCGCCCCGGCGCCGCCCCGCGCGACCUGAUGGACGCCUGCAUCCUCUCGGUGGCCAAGGAGGCGGCCCCGGGCUCCUCCGAGGGCUCCGGCGACGGCGCCGCGCGGCUGGACGAGGACGACGUGCCGUCCACCGUCACCGACAUCUUCGGCGCCAGCCAGGACACGCUCUCCACCGCGCUGCAGUGGAUUCUCGUCCUUCUCACCAGGUACCCUGCAGUGCAGGCCCGGCUGCAGGCAGAACUGGAUCAAGUCGUGGGUCGAGACCGGCUGCCCUGCCUGGACGACCAGCCCAAACUGCCCUACACCAUGGCCUUUAUCUACGAAGCCAUGCGCUUCUCCAGCUUCGUGCCCAUCACCAUUCCUCACGCCACCACCGCCGACACCUCCGUCCUGGGCUACCACAUCCCCAAGGACACGGUGGUGUUUGUGAACCAGUAUUCCGUGAACCACGACCCCGUGGCGUGGCCUCGCCCGGAGGACUUCGAUCCCACCCGGUUCUUGGACCAGGACGGCCGCUUCAGCAAGGACCUGGCCAGCAGCGUGGUGAUUUUUUCGAUGGGCAAGCGGCGCUGCAUCGGGGAAGAGAUCUCCAAGACGCUGCUGUUCCUCCUCACGGCCGUCCUGGCUCACCAGUGCAGCUUCCAGGCCAAUCCCGGCGAGCCCGCCAAAAUGGAUUUCACUUACGGCCUGAGCAUCAAACCCAAGUCCUUCAAGGUCAACGUCAGCCUCAGAGAGUCCAUGGAGCUCCUGGACAGGGCUGUCCAGACGCUACAAGCCGAGGAAGACUGCCAGUGA